CGUAAAACGAAGUAAAUAAGAGUCGAAAAUGGACGACGAAGUCCGUAGUGUUUCAAAGUGCACUGAAAACGAACAGUAAUUGACUUGAUGAUGGGCAACUACUGAAAUGCCCUGUUAGCAGUAUCAGGAUUGCCUGUCAGUCUAUAGAACCACCAGCACUAGCAGCAGCAGCCAUGAGUGUGUUACACGACCUUCUCGAGCUGGGACAGCACCUCCGACAAGAGAGACUCUUUGUUGGCAUGGAGCGAGAACAGCUUCAAAAACUGUACGAAGAAGUACGCAAAAUUGGCGAAGACCUGUUUCAUGCUUCGUGGAUUUCAAGGCAACAAAAACUGAAUCUGGACCACCUGCAGGCUAUGGGCCAUGAUGUUCCUUCAGAGGAAAUCUGCGCCAAAAAUAACCAGCUCGAGAGUGUCAAUUUUCAGGAUAGUUAUAAGGUUCUCGGACACCAUGAUUCAAAGUAUGGCGACUUGUUUAAAUAUCUGCAUGAAAACCCGAUCCUCCUAGCCCACUGUGUCUGUACACUAGAGAAGGUGAACAUCAUAACCACUGGUAAAGUAAUUGGUAGCAUCAUGUCAGCCAUAUACGGGAAUUGUGUCGUACAAGAAGAUGAGCACCAUGUGUUACAGCUACUCAAGACGCUGAUCGAUGUUCAGCUUGGUGGUCAUGACAACCCAAGAAGACUGAUUAGACGAGGGAACUGUGCAUUCAGCCUCAUCUUCAAGCAGCUGAGUGAUAUGUUGUUCUCGACCCGUCUCUUUCUCACAGCCGCUCUUCAUGACCCGGUUAUGAGACUUUUGAUGGAAGACGAAUGGUUCUAUGAUAUUGAUCCAGACAAAGCUUUGGUUCGUUUUCCACCAAAAGAGAGACAGAAGAGGUUUGGUGAACCAGGCAGUGAUGACUACAAAUCGAAAGUUCAGAAUUACCGUAAAUUUAUUGUUGACAAGUUAGUGCUGUUGUGUACACGGUUCAUCAACUCUAUCAAGAGCAACAUCCAUUGCUUCCCUGCCAGCAUCAGUUGGAUUGUGGCACAGGUGUUCCAGACACUCACCAAGGGGAACAAACUCCCGACAGGUGAAGUGCGAGCUACAUGUGCCGAUCUUAUUUUUGCCCUAUUUAUUUGUCCGGCUAUAUGUGAUCCUGAGCCGUAUGGUAUCACAUCCGAUGUCCCGAUCAGCCACAUCGCACGACACAACCUGAUGCAGAUGGCCCAGAUCGUCCAGGUUCUUGCCAUUUCACAGUGGGAUGAGAUUGAUCCUAAACUGCGGGACUUGUACGGAAGGUUUGAGAAGGGGUGCAUGUCCUCCUUCCUGGACUGCCUGGUGGAGGGAGUGGGGGAGGAGGUUCCCAUCAUGGGGAUCAGUCAGUUCCAGAACGCCGCCCGCUCCACCGUGCUCCUCACACAUGCCCAGCUGAACAUCCUGGUGAAUUGUUUGCGGAAUGCCAGCACCAGCCUCGAUGACAAGGUACCAGGUCGCAAAGCGCUGCAGGAACUGCUUGUGUGUAUGCCCUCUGACGUAGGUCAAGGUCAUGACAACCACCUGUCAGCUCUUGGCACCUCCCCCCCAACCCCCACCCCGCCCGGCACUCCCAACAACCAGAAGAAACUCUUCAGAGGCUUGAAGAAGAAGAAUUCCCAGGUGAAUCUACAGGUGUCUGCUGAAGAUGGGGAUGCAACCGAUGGGGACUCCAAGACAGGAGAGCCAAUUGAUGACAUCCUGGUUAUCUCCCUUGGAGUUGGAACAGACUGUCCAGGGAUGAUGGCUGAGAAUAAGAUUUUGUCGUGGGAGCAGGAGAAUCGGCGUAGAAAGGUGAAAUACAACACUGACAUCAAUGAUGGCGGCCCUAUUGAGAUCCACGAGAAGAGGACACGGUUCUCUCUCUCACAUGACCAGGAAUCCAUAGUUUCUGCAGGCAAUACCAGCGACUAUCAGGAAGCAAUAUCCGAGGCGGCCUCCAGCCAUUCCGUGGACAUGGAGAAUGACAACGACAACCUAUCCGACAUGAUGUCCGCUGAUGUGAGUGGGCGUGGCUCUCCGAGCAUCAGUGGGCGGGACACUCCCCUGUCCCAGGCAGGGAGUGUGGAGGAGAGAGCUCCUGCUGAGUUUGCUGUCCCUGUCCCAGAAACUGUACAGAAGCAGAACCGUGUGGAUGUGACGGAGAGAUUUGGCAAGUUUGAGAUCAAGGCAGAGCUGGAAAGAGACGAAACCAAGUCAACGGUGAGUGACACCUGGAGCACCGAUGUUCUGGCAAGUGACUCAGAGCCUCCAGAGCAGAACCAGCUGGAACGCCUUGAGGAAGUCGCGGAGGAGAUGGGGAGGCCACCACCAUUCCUGUUAGCACCACGAGACGCCGAUUCAGAUAAUGCAUUUCCCCCAAGUUUGUCCGAGAUGUCUGAGACCGCUAGUGAUGCAUGGAGCACAGAUGUCCUGGCCAGUGACACGGAUGAGAAACAGUCAGAGUUGUUGACAGACCUUGAUCAGGAUGACAUCAGCAUGAGCUCUGUGAUGGAGCGAUCGGACAACCUUGAUGACCAGAGUCUGGAGGACACACCCCUUGCUUCAGGAGGACACAGCCCUUCGGGUGACCGAGACCUGCUGGGUUUCGGAGCAGAAGGAGGACCCUCUGUGAAGAGAGCUGACUCACUGGGAUCAGAGGAAGUGUUUUCAGAGGAUGUUUUUACUGAUGAUAUCACUCCAAGUGCUGAAACAUCUCAACUGAAUCAGACAGUGGAAGCUGCAGCAGCAGAUAAAAUGCCAAAACCAGAGGUCAAGGCUGAAGGCCAAGGUCAGAAUAGGACAUCACCAGACUCAAGGCAGAGUCAAGGCAGGUCGGCCAACAACGAGUCUGAGAAUCGUCAGAAUGCAACUGUGACUUCAAAGAGUGAUAGCCUCUCUUUGCCCAAAGAUCAUCAUUGUGGAGCAAGACCUAAAGAAUUCCAUAAACGUAGUCAUCACCAUCACCACCACAACAGGUCUCAUGGAGGAUACAAUCCGGCCAAGGUUGAAGCCUGGGCCAAAAGUAAUGGCAUCGGGGGAAACAAAGAUGGACCAAAAUUUGGGGCAGAAUUUGAAAGUAUGUCGAUGGCACGAAAUGCUGGUGGCAAACCAGUCAAUACUCAGAAGCUGCCCACAACAACCACAAGCAACGACCAGGACAUUGAUGAGGGUAUAGAGAUUUCAGUAGAUGUUAACAGUCUGGUAGAUCAAGUCGAAGCUGUUGGACUGUCUGAACAGCAGAAUGUGAAAUUCAAUGAAAACCGAUUAUCUGCGACACUGAGUCUGUUUGAUCCAUUGUCGCCGGAGAACAGCAGUACUGGCGACCUACUAGAGGGGGCUGGGGGGAUAUCAGUGCACCCCAUCACCACCCUACCUGCUGCAGCCUGCCCCUCCCGUAUGUCCGCCCCACCCUCAUUUUCUGCAACCCAGAUAUUCCCAGUCCCCACGGCACCAUCAGCUCAAAGGGCGACCAGUGAAAUUCUUAUCUCGGUAUCCAGUAGUGAUGAAGUUCAAGGUCAGCUGCAGAGUUCGGCGGAGACGGUGAAGUCGUCGAGCCAGGAGGACUUGCGAGGUGGACGUCGAGACAGUAGUGAUAGCAGUCAUUCCGCAGCCUCCUUGAGACUCAAUGAUACAGCCAGUGCCAGCAAAGAACCAAGUAUGGACACGUUAUCCAUGAGAUCCAAUGGGGACAAUGUAUCGAUGAGAUCCGAUGAUAAGGAUUUCUCUGAAAAUGAAGAGAAAGGAUUUGAUAAGAUCAACAAGAAGGGAUUCUUUAAGAGUGUCAAGGAGAAGAUACACAAAGGUAUCAAAAGAAGGACAUUAAAGACAGAUAAGGAAUUAAGUGCAGGAGGAGACAGCUCCUUCACAGAGGAUUCUGGGAAGGUUGCCCCUGAAGCCGAGGUUGACCCUAAAGCAGAGAGCUCCUUCGACAUCCUGGACAAGUACCGGAAGAAGACGACCCAAGACCAGCAGGCCGAGGACCAGUCGGAACUGACUGACUCCGCGUACCAGAGUCAGAUGAAGAGUAAGGACGAGGAAGAGGGGCCGCCGUUCUAUGACCCUAGCAACCUUGAGGGGUGCUUCGCAUUCAUGGAUGCCAAGCGGAAACUGAGGAUGGUGUUGAGUGCUGGGGACUUCCUGGGUAGCACGUCUCUGCACCAGUUGAUGACCAGCCAGCCGCACAGUCCGCGAGAGUUCGACACUGGGCCCAAGAAGGACAAUGACCUGAUCAGUCUGCUCCGGGCUCAACUCGCUGAAGCCAUCAAUCUCCAGAACAAGGAUGUCAUUGCACAACUUCACGAAGUUAUACGAUGCAUACGACAGUUUGAUAAUGAUGGUUGUAAGAAGCUGGUGAAGGCGUUACGGGAGGAGUACCGCAGCCGGUCGGCCUACAUCUCCUACCUAAUCCGCUGCCGCCAGGGCCUCCUCAUGUCCCACUCCUACCUGCAGAGACUCCUCAACAGGAUAAAGAGGGACAAGGAGAUCUGCAACAAACACAUGGUCAAUGUGUGCGUGCGGCUGUUUAUAGAGAGGAGGGAAAAGAAUGUCCUCUACUUCAUCUCAGAUUUCCAGAAGCUCACAGUGGCAGAUGAGAAGACUGACUUGGUGGACAGGUUCUUACAGGUUCUCUACCGGGAGAUGGAACAGGAUUCAAUAUGGAAAGCUGCGACAGAGAACCAGCUGAUUGACGCCCGACUGGCUGUGGAACGCCUGUUGAUGAGUCGAGUGUACAGUCACGCCAUGUUUCCAAAUGGAGACGGAGACUUCAUGAGGGACCAACUUUUCCAUCAGCAUCUGAAGAAGCUCUCUGCGCUGAUUACACCGACACACAAGGACCUGUGUAUACCACGCAUGUACCACUUCGAGUGUCCGUGGCCCGCUGCUCAGCGUGAGAUCUACAUGAUUAAUGCAUACAAGACACCAAAGGACAAACUUCAAUGCGUGUUGCGAUGCUCUACAACCAUAAUGAACCUUCUGAGUAUGGCCAAUGAGAAAUCUGUGCCCGCGGCCGAUGACUUCAUCCCAGUACUUAUCUUCGUCCUGAUCAAGGCCAACCCACCCUGCCUCCUGUCAACCAUUCAGUACGUGAACAGCUUCUACGAGAGUCGACUUGCAGGGGAGGAGCAAUACUGGUGGAUGCAGUUCUCCUCAGCAGUUGAAUUCAUCAAGACCAUGGAUUAUUCCACUUAGAAGAUGAGUUCAUAUUCAUGGACGGUUGUUGCCAGACAAAAAGAUCUCAAAGUAUAUUUCUUCAUCUGCUUUGAAACUGAGGAAUUAAAUCAACACCAUAGGUCAAAGGUCCUAUGUCCAGAUUGGUUCGUUCAUGAAGCUGGGUCUUGGUACUGGUGUAUUGUUUUUAUCUGCUUGAACAUGAAACUUGGUCCCAUGUGACGAGGAGAAGAUGGACGAAAUGGAUUUGAAAUCCAGAAAUUCUUUCAAUACUGGUAUAAUCAACGCAGAUGUCCCGACAGGGUUGAUGAUGCAAGUCACUUUCCACAAGAACAAAGUAUUUUUGACAACUUUAUAUGAAUUUUAUUAAUGAAUAUUGAUAUUAUAAAUAAAUUAGAUAUGUCUUUUCCUUGGUAGAUGUUUGGUUGCAUUGGCAGACAGGCUGUAGUUAUCUCCCUUCAUUCUGUGUGCACAACACAAGUUGAUCUCAGUAAGUGGAAGGAUUCAGUCCUAAAUGGCAGCAUUAUGUUGGAAAAUGCAAGUAAAUUUCUUUUCUUGUAAUUUUGCCUUAUUUUCUUUAUUCUUUAUUUUGGUUGACAAAAUUUCAUAAUUAAACCAAAUGUAAAAUACAGCAUGUAUAGAAGUCAUCUUCUUGAAAUGUACUUUUGCCACAAAAAUAGUUUGAUACCUGAUGCAAGAGACCAUUUAUAUGAAACACAAUCAACUAGAUAUUCCUGUUUUUGUUUUUCAAAAUGUAACCUUGUUGAUAUCCCAUCUUUGAUUUUGUCACACAAAACACAAAGCAUCAUUUACACAAACAAACUCACAAGAUUUAAGGAAAACAGCUUUAAUUUCAUUGUGUUUUUCAGCCACCAUUGUACAUUUAAUUGUCACGUGACACCUGGUGGAGAAUCAAGGGAGAUAACUUUGGGAUGUCAAAAUUCAUGAUUAAUGGGAGAUAACCUCAAUGGAAGGGGGAUAACUCUCAAUGAUUUGCUAUGUUUGACAGACUGUGAUCAUAGACUUCUGUUUGAUGUGUAAGUAAUGCUUGAUUUAUCAUUAGAUAUACAUGACUAAGUUGUUGAGACUCAUAAGCAUAUUGAUAUGUUAUUCUGUGUUGAAACAGUUAUCAUUGUUUAGUCAGAGUAACUUUGUUAUAUUUUACUUAAACAUUCUUCCACUUGUUAACCAAUUGUCUAGAUUUAUGACUGUCUGUGUUGUAAAAAUCACUCGUGUCUAUCUUCCGAACAAGGAAAGCAUUGUACAUUCUGUAGCAUCACUUGUCAUUUCAUGUGAUGGAAAUGAUUCAUUUCAAUGUAAAGUUCAAUAGGCAUAAUUUAAUUUUAGAUAGUUUGCUUUAUACAUAUUUGGGGCUAAGUGAUUGAUUAUAAUAAUGUGAUUGAUAUUGUGUUUGUAGGAUUUGUUCAAGCAUUAAAUUGUUUGUUGAAUUUUAUUUAUUUUUAAGAAAAAUAAUCAUUGACUUGUUAUGGAAUAAUUUUUCAAUUCAAACAUGGUUAAUUAUCUAUCUUUUCAUUAUCCCAUUUUGAAAAAGGUGGUAAUUAUUAAGAACUGAUGUCCAUUAAGUAUUGGUGGGGAGAAUUGGGUCUUGAACUCCGAACUUCAAAUGCUUCUGUGUUAUCAAGCAGACUUACUAUUCUAUCACCAUUUGUUUUGAAAGGGCAGCAUUGGCAUAGCUUGCAAUGUUACUGAGAAACUGUACACACAGGUUUAAUGGUAAUAAUUGCAAAAAGGAUGUUUUUUGUGAUUAAGCCUCUGGCAUCCUAAGCAAGAAAGCAGUACAGACCUGGAGAGUACUUGGUAGAAGGUAGUAAGUUGAUGCUUGAUUUCAGUUUGUAGUCAUUCUUUUAUGGUUCAAUUUUUCUAAUACACAUGUAUAUGGAACAUGUGGAAUCAUGGGUGGCUAUUUAAUGAUGCCAUCCUUUGGUAGGCCAGAAUCCUCUGUUCAAGGAUUCAAUCCCACAUUUUCCCUGAUUAUGAUUCCUGGGUCGUCAGCACCUUAACCAUGCGCCCCGUACAGAUUCAGGUUUGAGUCGGCCCCCAGGAACCUUUGCUGGUUGGAGGAGGUGACCAACUAGAUCGGGUGGUCAGACGUAUUUGAUUUGGUGUCUUCAGACCCCGAUGACGUGAAUUGUCAUUCAUGAUACUGAUCACUUGACUGUCUAGUCCAAACUUGAUUAUUUACAGGUCAACAUCUUAUAGCUGAAGUAUUGCUGUGUUUGUAGUUUUCAGGCUUUCCUCCAACUUUAUCCUAACAAACCAAGACCUUUCUGAAAUACCUUUCAAAAGCCCAGAUCACUCACUAUACUCCCUUACACCUCUCUUUGAUAUGUGAUAAAUAUGUGAUAUACUUUCCAUAAAGUGUUGGACAGAUAAGGCGAGUGAAAUCAUUAUUAGUAGUAUGUUUUGAGGGAUUUGUUUUGGCAGACAUAUCAUGAAACAUGUAAACUAAAAGAGUGAAAUAUGAAAAAACAGCUUUGAUCACAGCUUCAUCUAACCCACAUCCGCCUCCAUUUUGUAGGGCAUUCAUAGAUGUGAUUUAAGGUUUUCUCCAGUCCGCAUAUAGAGGUGGGUUAGUCAAGUGGAAGGUGGGUUUGCUUAUCCUACAGGUUUGGGUUUUAUUAAGAACAUGAAUACUUUAUAUGUGAAGCCAAUCUGUAAUUAGUUGCUGAAGAUGGUAUUGAACUCUAAAUCAAUAUGUCCACUCCCAUAUGGUGUCCAUAACAUUUCAGAGUUACCUCCCUUAACCUGCUGAUGGAGUUUAGGUGGGGUUUGUCAUGUCCCAGGUUUUCUUGUUAGUCUUGGCACUAGUGUUUGUGGGAUAAUUGAUAUGAAAUUAAAAGAUAUCUGAAGUAAAAGAUAUCAAUUAAAAAGUAAUAGUCAGAACGGAGAAGAAAUACCGUAUUCGACGUAAUAAGCGCCCAGGGCGCUCUCAAAACUAGAAAUAUGGGGCUCUUAUUAGAAUAUUAUCUUGGUGAAAAAACAGAGUUGAAAGAUAAAUUUUGUGGUUUAUGCUGACAGCCUGAAAUAUGUAUAUUCGACAGAUAUAUUUUUCCGGAAUUUAAUUGCCAAUAAUAAAGGGUGUAUAUAACACACAAGUGCGUAUUAUAUGCGAAUAGGGGUCGGAAGGGGCGCUAAUAGGGAUUGUUCACUAGCCAAUAUAUUAGCAAAUCUCGCCGUGGGCGCUUAUUAGAGCGGGAUGCUUAUUACGUCGAAUAAGGUACUCAACAUUCAGGUUAAGAGGACAUGAGGUUUUAUGAAGUUCCUGUAAAAAUGACAUUUCUUAUCCACGUGGUAUUCUAGUUUCCAGUCUCACAUAGUCAGAGUAUUUUUUGCAUACAGUUGUGAUUGUCUAGUCUAUUUAUUGAGCUUUAGUCAGAUUCAGCCAUAUUUACAACAUUUGGACACAAACACAGGCAUGCUAAGCUUAUUGUGACAAGUGUAGCAAUCAAUAAUUGGUCAGUUAUUAAAUAAUAAUAAUGAAAUAUUUUUACUUAGCUGUGAUUAAUGCUUACAGUAGAAUGUAAUUGUAUGCAUUAUCAUAUUGUCCUUAUCAAUAAGUUAGUCAGCCUUUGGUUUUAACACCUUCCAACCAUUGGUCUUUGGAGCUAAAUAACUCAAUAAGGAGUUACGAUGAAUGGUACUGUUUUAUGAGGGGCGGUCAGGUAGCCUAGUGGUUAAAUCGUUCGCUCGUCACGCUGAAAACCCGGGUUCGAUACCCGACAUGGGUACAAUGUGUGGAGCCCAUUUCUGGUGUCCCCUUGGAUAUUGCUGGAAUAUUGCUAAAAGCGGCGUUAAACCAUACUCACUCACUAUUUUAUGAAAAAGUUUUGCUUGCUGUAGCCUGGGGAUAUUUUGGUACCCUCUUUGGUGAUGUGAGAUGUAUCCGGUCAGUAAGUUAGUGAGUGGAUGUGUUAAACAGCAGUCAGAGAAACGUAUCUCACUGAGAAACAGACUAAGCUGAACAUGAAAAUAGGAUGAUGUGAUAAGAUCUUGUAUAGUGGGAUUAAGAGUAACCAUGGCAACAUGUUGGCAUUAAGGAUGGUAGUAACAGCCUUUCUAUGACAACUAACAACUAAUAUAGAAAAGUUCAUUAGAGAUUAUGAUUUCAUUAUUUAAUAUUGAUGUUUGUUUGUUGGUCAGGGUUUCAUUUUUAUGAAAUAUUUGUUUGUUUCAUUGAAAUGUAGACAUACUACUUUCAGGCUGUUAAUUCUCAACACUAGUCUCUGCCUCGAUCUGUAGUGUUUCAUUUGUCAUUAGCAAUUGUGAGCUGAAUCAAAUCAAAGUUACUAGAUGAGUACUUAAGAUGAAAUUAGGAGUCACCAUUUUUCAGAAGCCCAAGAUUUGUCAUUUUGUCUAUAGUUACCAUGGCAACAAAAACUGAAUAUAUUUUUGGUUAUACUAUUGGAUGAUUUUGAAUUCUAUAUCACAUGAUGGGUGAUUUAGAAAUAGAUGCUUGUUACAUACUAAUCUAUGGACAGUUCUUAUACAGAAUCUUAGGAGUUUACAAUGCUUGAACUUGUACAGGUUGAAUAAUGUUAUCAAAAUCAGAUGUGUACUUUCUGUUUGUUGAAAUCAUUUUAGAAGUGUUGUUUGUGUUAUGUUCAUUCAAUUAUUUGUAUUUAUUUUUCACACAGAAUGUUUGAAGUGGAGUAGUUUUGAUAUUACACAACCACAUAUCAUGUGAGCUUUUGUUGCACUAUUUGGGUGUUAUUAUUCUAUUUGUCAAGUGUAAUGUUCAUUUUUUAUGAGAAUAGGUUGAGUAUGACGCAGACUCUAAAAAGUGCAGAGUUUUGAGACAGUAUUAAUUUAUCAUUUAGUAUUCUCAGCUGUAUCUAUAUUGUUUGACUUUGAGGAGACCUGACCAGUGCCUAUAUAAGCAGAUAUGACCCAGACAAUUUAACACGAUUUCAGACUGCUGAGGGUAGCCUUGUGGUUAAAGUAUUUGCUCCUCACACUAAGAUCCUUGGCUCGAUUCUCAUGAUGGGUAAACUGUGUAAAGCUCCAUGGGGAUUCCCAGAUAGAGUAAGUCCCCAGCAACCUAUGCUGGUCGUAAGAGGCGACCAGAUGGAUUAGAUGGUCAGCAUCUGUGACCCUGAUGGCAUGGAUUGUUGCUCAGGAUAUCAAUCACUGAAUUGUCUGCUCCAGAUUUGAUUAUUUACAGCCUGCCUUCAUAUAGGCAUGAAAUGUGACAUUAAGCCACACACAACAAAGCAAAAAACAAUGUAAGGUAUAUUUCUAGUGUCCUCCUUUGUGAUAUGGCUGCAGGAGUCCUAACUGUGGUGUAAAACCCUACUCAAUCUCUCACUCACUCACUUAUAGGGGAGCACAGGUGGUCCAGUCAUCUGAGAGGAUGACAUUUAAUCCACAGAGUUGAUAUAACUGGAAUACUGUUCAAAGCGGCAUUAAAGCAACUCACUCACUCACUCACUCACUCACUCACUCUCACAGAGCCUCCACUUGUAGAACAAUGACUAGUCAGUAGAAUAGCAUUAGGUUGUACUCCUUACAGUUACUCACUGGGUCACAUGAAUAAGAAUAUUAUUCUGAUAAUUUGGAAAGAUGUUGGUGUGAUUACAGUGACUAAAAAUCCAUAAUUUUCCUUUUAUUAGAAAUUCAUAAUUGAUAUUUUUUUCCUUAUAUAUGUGUACUUGAUUGUGCAGGUGCAGGUGAUCUAAAUGGCUAUGCAGACUUUCUCCCCUCUGUUGCUCUGAUCAGCAGAUCAUGGGUUUGAAUCAGUGGUCUUCCCACCACUAUGCCCAAUGUUCUGUUGUCACAGAUGUUACUGACAUACCCUGAUAAUUGAUAAUUCUGCUGAAAGCAGCAAUUAAUCCUACUCUAUUAGUAUAACAAGGAACUAGAAUUUUAUUCUGUCCUUACUUCUUUCAGGGUUAACUGAUGACCAUAACAUGAUAUGAACAGUAACAAAUAACGAAAAACAAAUUGCCAAUGCGCUGAUUGUCUUUGUGUCAUUUCCUUGUUGCCUGCCACGUGCACUAGAUUGCCGAUUUCUUUUCUCUAUUUUUCAUUUGUCUUGAUUAUGGGAUAGCACUGUUGACUGACUGAUACAAACACAGAUGGGCAUAGUUUUAUUCCAUAUAAUGGCAUAUUGGCAAGAUUCUUUCCCCCGCCCCAUCUUCCACAGAUGCAGCUGGGGGUCACCUGGGAAGCAGGUCACUCUGGCAUCUUGUAACUUGCUUUCUUGUAUUGUUUUUGUCUCAGGAAGCAAGUAUUGUUAUUACAUGUCAGGUCAACCCUCAAGAUAGCCUCCUGCCAGAAGAUUCAGCUUAUUGUAUGGUAAUUAUCCCAUUAUUAUUCACAUGUAUUAUCAUCUUUCAGCAAAAUAUGGAAACUUGAAAACUGCCACACUUAAAUACUCUGUUCAUGAUAGUCACAGCUGACAGAAACAAAUCUGAGCCUAAUACAGAGCAUAAUGGUUUUGAACGUCCCACUAUGGAAUGAAAAAGAGGCCGUCCCUGCUGUAUUCCCCAAUUCCUCAAUCGCGGAAUAAUAACUCAGUGCAGAACUUGUGCAGAAUUUUGUAUUUUUCUGCUGCAGAAUUCGCCAAGUACACUGCAGAAUUUUAACAAGCUGGUUUUAGAUGUGUGAACAGAUAUUGAUUUCAUUUGGGAAAUGAAGUUGGCUUCCGGAAAGUGCAUGUCUGUAUGUUUAGACUAGUGAUCUCUAGAUUCACGUCAAUAAGCUAUUCUAGCCAUGGAUCAGUUUAUCACAAAAAAUGCCUGUCAAAAGUCAAACCUGCAAAAUUAUGAAAUUCACAAAAAUUAAGAUUAAACAUUUGCAGAUUUGCAUGCCGAAUUAUUAAAAUUUGUUUGCAAAAUUUACUAAAGUUUAUCGCAGAAUUUUGAAGUUUAGGACUCGGAAUAAAGCAGGGACUGAAUAUUGGUCACGCUGUAUGAAGCAAGUACAAGUCAUAGUCUAGAUAUUAUUAGUGCUAGAAGCAAUGAGGUAGUCUUUUGGGUGAAGCGCCAAAGACACAGGUUCCAUUCCCAGCAUGGGUGCAAUGUGUUAAGCCAAUUUCUAGUGUCACCAUCUGUGAAAUGUGUUGAAUAUUGCUAAAAGUGGCAUCAAACUCUUUUCCCUUCAAAUUACAUAUAUAUUUGCUCACUAACUUAAAUCCUGUACUUCAAUAUGCAGGUGUGUAUCAGUAUUUCCAGCUGUCUUGAGGGUUGAUCAGGAAGGCCUUGCUUUGGACCUUGUCCAUAUGUAAAGUUUUCCUAUAUAUUGUUGUGCAGUACUAAUGCUUUAUUUACUGUAGAUAAAUAUGAUGUUAUGAUGUUGGUGUCUUAAUUGAGAUUGUGGUUCUAUAUUCCCUGGCGAUGUUGUGCCAGCUCCCUUUGUCAACAAAUAGAAGUAUAGGUGCCAAAUAAUACAGUCUAAUAUAUAUGUUUAUGUGUAUAAUUAAACCGGGGAGGAAAGGUUGACUCUCCCAAAAUAUAUAUAUAUGAAUAAAUAUUAAGUUUCCCUCUG